AUGCGGCUGCCGCAUCCCCAGGAGAGGGGCGCCACGCAGGUCCAGGGAGCCCGCGAGUCCGGUCAGCUCCCGCCGGGAAGGCACCGGAAGUCACGGGCUCACGACCCAGGGGAGGGCCCGCGCGUCUCCGCAUUCGUGCGGCAAGGCGGGCCGGCUGCGUCUGCCAGGGCCGGGCCGGUCGCGGCGGAGCGCCGUCACUCCCAGGGCGCAGGGCCCGAGCGCGCGCGCGACCUGCGCGAGUCCCGCACUCGGCGCGCGCCCGGGCUCCGCGGCGGCCCGGGUCCGCGGUCUCUCUGUCCUGCCCCCCUGCGGCCAUCGCGGGCAGAGCAGCGCGGCCGCUCCUCGGCCCUGGCCAGCCCGAGUCACCGCCGCCGCUGCCUCGACGGCGGGCACCGGGUGGAAAGGCUGCGCUCUGAAGGGGACAGAAGGGAUUCCCGCGGGACCCAGGACCCUGGGAUCUCCGAGAAGGUUCCGGCAACCGUCCCGCAUGCCCCUUCCGUCCAGAACAGUGAGGACAUGCGGGGGAACCCUCUCCCAGCGCCAGGGUGGCCACCUAGUUGA